UGUAAUUAAAUUGAUAGAUGACGAAUAAAUGAAUAAAAAUUUUCUUGUUUAUAUUUGGGAAAUCAAAUUGUAAUUGAAAUGACUUCUUUAGAUAAUACAUUAAAAAUUGGAAAUAAGUUGGAAAAAGAAACUUCCAACUUUUCAAUUUUAAAGGAUCGGGUAGAUAAGUAUCAUGAUUUAACAAAAAAUAUGUCAUCAAUUUUAACAAAUUUUGAAAAUCGAUUGGCAAAAUUAGAAGAAACUAUUUUACCAGUUUACAGCCAAACAGAACACUUACAGAAAAGGCAACAAAACCUGGAUGCAACAUUACAAGGGCUUGAAAUAGUAUUAUCUCACUAUGAUGCUUCACAAGAAGUAUGUGAAUUAAUUCACCGAGGUCCUAAUGAAGGGAAUGUAACACCAUUCCUUCAAGCUCUCGAUCGUCUCAAAGUUGCAAUGAAUUAUUUCUUGGAAAAUAAUUCUCAAAGUGUUGAAUUGGAAAAUGUGACCAGUCUUUUUAAUACUGGUUGUGAAAGUUUAAAUAACUAUUACAAACUUAUGUUAAAAAAACAUAGUAGCCCAUUAAAACCAGUCGAUUUAUUAGAUUUGAUAUAUAUGGAUGAAGAUUCAUCAAAUGAAGAUUGUUCAUCCAUAAAACAAAUUACUCCUAAUACAAGAGAAGAACUUAAAGUCAUUUCGUUUUGGUUAGAACAAAAUUUGAGAAAAGAAUUUAUUGAAAUAUAUUCUGAUGAGAGAAGUGAAGUAGUUUUUCGUUCAUUGCAAAACUUAAAAGAUCAUCAAAAGAGUGGCAGUUGGGGUAAUGAACCUAUUAGAAAACAAUAUAUUGGAAGAUCUGAAACUAAGAAAACAACAUCACAAAGGCUACAACAUAUAUUUGAAAAGAAAGCAAGUAAAAUGCUUUCAACUAUAGAACAAUCAACCGGACUUUCGUUGAAAAAAAAUUCAUCCUAUUCUGAACAUUUAAAUGUGGAGGACAAUAUGGACGGAGAUCAAGAAUUAGAUAAAUAUUUAGUUCUUCUUUUAGGUCUUCAAAGACUUUUAGUUUGGGAAAGAACUUUAUUAAACGAUAUUAUUCCACAAACAAAACAUACCGAAGUAUUUUCAAAAUUAGCUUAUAAUUCAAUAGAAAUGGUAGUUAAAGAUGCUGAGGCAAUAACGAAUCGUGUAAUUCGUAAUAUAGCAAAAAAAGAGUGGACAUCAGUUUUAGGUAUAUUUUCUGCUUUAAAAAGAGUAAUUAUCUUACAACCAGAUAUUGAUCGAACUUGUGAUAUACAUCAAAAAGAUCAACUUCGUAAAGUUUUAAAUAAACUGCAACAAACUGGAAACAAAGCUUUAGAGCAAUUUUUAGAAGUAGUUAAAGAUUCCGGCACAAAUUUAGUUGGAAUGAGUACGAGUGCUUAUUCGGGUGGUUAUUCAAAUGUACCGAAAGAUGCAACAGUUCAUGAACUAACAUCAAAUACAAUUUGGUUUAUUGAAAAUUUAUUAGAACAUUAUGAUGUUGUUGGUGAAAUAUUUGAAGGAGACUUUUUAUAUUCUAGUCAACUUGAUACUAUUCUGAUGAAAAAAUCAUUAAGUCAUGAAGAAAGAAAUAAAGCUUUGCUUGCAAUUUAUAUCAAAAAAGUUUUAUCGGAACUAAAUUUAACAAUAAUUGCAAAAUGUGAAUAUUACAGUGAUUCUGCUACUAAAUAUCUUUUUAGGCUGAAUAAUAUAUUUUAUAUUUUGAAAUCUUUACAAAGAUCAAAUUUAAUGGAUCUUGUAAUAUUGGCAUCACCAGAUUGUGAAAGAAAUUAUUUAGAUAUCAUAAAUGAAUUGAAAAUUUCAUAUCAAAAAUCAUGGUCUAAAUUAUUGAGUAAUAUAAUUUUAGAUGAAUUACCAAGACCUAUAAAUGGUAAAGUAAAGGAUAAAGAAAGACAAAUUUUAAAAGAUAGAUUUUCUAAUUUCAAUAAAGAUUUAGAAGAUAUAUGUAAAACACAAAGAGGCAUUUCCAUACCAGAUAUAAGUUUACGUGAAGGUUUAAAACGUGACAAUAUUGAACAUAUUCUUCCUAAAUAUAAUCAAUUUUAUGAAACGUAUGCUGAAGUUCAAUUUAGUAAAAAUCCUGAAAAAUAUGUUAAAUACAAGCCGCAUGAAGUUCAUACUAUGCUUAAUAAAUUGUUUGAUGAUUCAAUUAUUUAAGAACAAACACAUCCUCCAAAUUAAAUAAUAAAUUAAUAAAAAGUUAUUUAAUCGCUAUGUUUUUUUUUUUUUUAAAUAAAUUUUAUUAUAAAAAUAUUAAAUAUAUUAUAUAUAUC